GUUUGGGCUCUCGCCCCUGCGUGCGCCAGACAGCACUCUACAAACGCCAUGAGAGCGGCAAUGCCAUGAAGGCCUUGCUGGGUGCACCCCACCUCUUCUGGGAUCCGGCAGAUCACCGAGCCGAGGUUCAAAAGCCAAUCGGAGAACGCCGCAGGAGGUUCCUUCCUCGCAAAGAAGAAGAUAAGUGGGAGAAGGUGACAUCUUCUGCCGCCGGGAAGGGCGGAGUCAUCGAGGUCAAGCAGAAGCAGGACCCGGAUGAGGCCAAAGGCCGACGCCCCGCGCCACAACGCUCGGCUAUUGGCGCGGCUGGUGGGAGGAUUGUGACCAGGAGUGCCGCGGAAAAGGCGGCUAUCGCCCGGCAUGGUUCUGGAUCAGUGGCAGAAUGCUUGACAAUGCAG